UAAAUAAACAAGAGAGUAUACUGGUGCUAAACGAAAUGCUGUCACUUCCAGGAAAUCGCUGCUGUUUGCGUUGCUGGAGGAAGCUGAAGAGAACGACGAAGAAACAUAACUACGUUUCAUGAUAUAUCUAGAGACAGUGUCAAAGAAAAAAGUAGAAAGACAAUGGCUAGUUCAUACGUGGACUCAUCAUCGGAUGGCGAGUUCAAUAACGAGAAUGCUGAGGAUCUGUCAUAUGGGAAUCUUACAUCGUUACCCGAGUUUUUAUUUGAGAGAGCGAAGGAUAUCAGAGCUCUGAAACUAAACCAAAAUGAUAUCAACAUACUACCUCGAACCAUUAAGCAUUUUUCUAGUCUAAUUACAUUGGAUUUGAGCAACAAUAACAUCAGUUAUUUGAGCGAUGAAAUCGUACAACUGCGUCACCUCAGGACGUUUAUUGCCAAAAAUAACCACAUCAAGACAGGAACAAUUCCAAAAGACUUCGGUCGAAUAUCUAGUCUAGAAGUGUUGAAUUUGAGCGGAAAUAACAUUAAGGAAUUUCCUCAUCAGUUUACAGAGCUAUUUCGCCUUCGAGAUCUUCAUUUAGGAGGAAACAGUAUUUUGGAUGUACCUAACAGCAUUAAGAAUCUGCAAAGAUUGGAAGUGCUUUACCUAGGAGGGAACUGUCUUACAGAUAUACCAGCUGAGGUUGGGGAUCUCUGUAGCCUUACCUCCUUAAUUCUCUGUGAUAACCAGCUUCAAAGCCUUCCACCGACCCUGAUCAAUCUGCGUCGUCUCCAAUCUUUGAGUCUCCAUAGCAACAACCUCUCAACGCUUCCUCAGGAGAUAGUGUCUUUGAACUUGGUAGAACUAAGUCUGCGUAAUAACCCACUGGUGGUAAAGUUUGUGCAGGACAUGGUAGAUUCGCCGCCUUCCUUGCUAGAACUGUCAGGACGGGUCAUAAAAAUUGAAAAACUGCAAUAUUUGAAAGGUGAUCUCCCAAAUGAUCUCAUCUCCUACCUCCACUCAGCACACAGGUGUGUCAACCCUAAGUGUAAAGGUGUGUACUUUUCAUCACGUGUGGAGCAUGUUAAGUUUGUGGACUUCUGUGGAAAAUACCGCCUGCCCCUGCUACAGUACCUGUGUUCCCCAAUUUGUUGUGAUGGCCCUGCCAUGUAUCCAAAUAACAGUGAAUCUGACACUGAUGAAGAGGAUACAGCCCGUGCCAGGUUGCAACGAGUUCUCCUCGGUUAAAAUAUUUGAAGUGAAAGGACCAAGUGCUUGAACUGGUCACCUAUUUAAAGAUUGAUGUACACUGUUUUAUUCGUUUUAAAGAUGCAGGUGUGUUGCUGUGAUAACGUUGUCUCUUCAGCUAAUCUAUAUAUCAUAGAUUCAAUAUGAACAGUAAUUUUAUCUGUGCUGAAGACAGUGUUAACUCAUUCACCCCUGAAAACACAUUUGAACUCUUCCAAUUCAAAAGUUGGAAUAGUUCAUUAAGAAAUUUCAGGGAUGAAUGAGUUCAGCAAUUGUAUUGUGUGGCUGUGAUGAUGAAACCUCUUGGAGUGAUCUUUUUAUAGAUUUUACUACAUGAAUAUUGUCUAUUAUUAAGGAUUCCCGCCACUGCCAAAACUGUAACUAUGCGUUAGAAACUUUGUUUCCAGCAUGGCUAAGGCAUUGAUAAAAUCAUUUCGCAAAAGAAAUGACAAGAAUUCUGAUUGCAGUGGAACGAGGAUCCUUAAGUGCUGACAUUAUUAUUUCAAAAGAAAGUUUAUUUACAUUUUUGUAUAAUUAUAAUUUAGGUUCAAGCAGUUCAAGCGGUUCCAAUAUCUUGUUUCAGAGUUUAUCUGACCUGUUAGAUUGACCUGAUUUUUAAACUUUUAACUAAUUAACCAGGCUAGAAGUACAUCCAAGAUGCUUUUAUUUUACAAAAUCUCAUCAGUUGAUAUAUAUAUAUAGAUGGUGUGUUUUAGGUUACUGUUAUAUAGAUAUACCUUCACAUAUUAUGUCAAUGUCAUGUACAUCUUACAAGUGUGCUAAGCCAUUAACAAUUUUGUAAAAUCAUGGUUGACUACCAGCCCUUAAGGAUUUUUUAAGAUUUUCCCAGCUGUAUUUUAAUGCUAGCUUAUCUUCCCUUGUUUGAAACUCUGGAUCAGACAUUCAAGUGGUCAAUCGAAAUUUUUGUAAUGUCUAUUUUUUUCUGAAUAUUUGAUAUUCUAGAGAUGGUAACCAGUCUACGGAACCUUCCAAGGUGCUAAAAAUAGCCUCAAUUGAGAACAGGCACCUGGCCUUUUUUUGUAAUUCGGUGAAUUGUGUCAAAGGAAUCCAACCAGCUGAAAGGUUAGGGGUGCUUAUGUCAAAAGUAAUGUGACAGGGACCUUGAUGUAUGUGGUAUAAGAUAUACAGUAUUGGAUUUUAUUUAGUGGCAAGUGUUACCCUUUGUUGUCUCUGAUAUUAUAAAGUCCACAGAAACUCUUAAAAAGAAGACAUACCAGAUUAAUUUCUGAAGAUUAUCCUAUCCUUUUUCUCAAAGAGGUCCAAUGUACAGACGAUAAUUAUAACUAAAGGCUCAACAUGUACUUGGCUUAUUCCUCAAUACAAAGUUGGAUGUAUUGGUUUUAUUCCUAAAAUAAUAUUUUGUACCCGUCAUUCCUUCAAUAAUUAAGAUGUAUUGACUUAUACCUAGAUAAUACCUAUACCGGUAUGUAAGUCAUAUUCCUGAAGACUUGAAAUGCACUUCUCUUAUUCCUAGAUACUUCAAAUCUACUAGUCCUAUUUUCUAAAUAUUUCAAACAUACAUUUUUGUACCAGCCUUUUUCCUGAAGAUUCAAAUAUACUUGUCUUAUUCGUAAAUGCUUCAAACCUUCCAGUCUUAUUUUCUUAAUUUUUCAAAUGUACCGGUUUGAAGGUCAAAUAUAGGAAGACAUUAAUUCCUUUAUCUACAUCUUUUUCUUUUAGCAGGGGUAGUGGGCUUAAAACUUGGAGUGGGCUUACAAAUGACUUUUGUUAUGUCAGACAGCUUACUGUUCAUAGUGGUGUCGUUAAAUCGUUUUACAUUAACCCAUUGUUAUAUCCAUGUAUAUACUUUAAAUUUGUUUGAAAUGUUUUGUUUAUAUUGGUGACUUGCUGAGGUAAGAACAAGAUAUUUUUCUUGCUCAGAACAGUUUUUGGCCAUGGUGCUAGACAUAUAUUGUUACUUUUUCUUCCAAAAACUUUCUAUCCUUAUAUUAUGACAGCUUAUAUUAUAUAUGUUGUUACUAUUGUGAGAUCAUGCAGCUUUUUCAAAGGCCCCCAGGAGUACUUAAUAUCAACCAGCUGUGUGGGAUGUUUCUCAUAACAUUAUUUGCAAAUAUUUGUCACUAUGUGGUCCAAUAUUCAUUAUCCUUAGCAGAUUUUUUGAUUUUGUUGGGUGAUAUUGUGUGUUUUUUCUUUUCUUUUUCCCCCCAAAGGAUUAAACAAUUGUCUAAGAAAAAAUAAUCAUUAUUUUAAAUGUUUGCAUUGCGAUUUACACUUUACAGGUAAACAGUUAGUGCUUGUUUAACUUUAAAACUUUUUCAGAAAACAUACUAUCGAGUAUGAAUUAUCAUGAAGUUGGCAUACAAUCAAUUGCAUUUAAAAAAUCUUAAGGAUAAAAAAAAUCCAGAUUUAUUCUUCUAAAACUAUAAGAUACAAGAUGUAUCUACUAGUUCAAUUUAAUAGAAAUUUUAAAAUUUAAACUCCAUUUUGAUCUCAACUUCAUUCUUUCAAUAUAGUACACACUGCUAUUGGCUUCAAAGUUAACACAUUUCCUGUGUCUUAUUAUCGGUCGCUCAAAUAAAAGUUACACAUGUAUAUACAGUAAAACCUUGUUAUACUGCCGUCAUUUGUGCAGAGAAAUUUUGGUGAUAUAACGAGGGAAGUGUUCUGAACAUUCUUUCGAAAAAAAGUGUAGUCAAGGGGAACAACUCUAACUUACUACUCAGUUCUUUGCUCGACGGGUUUGUGGGAGCAGACUUAAAAGGAUCAAGGCUGGUCAGAAAACAUAUGUAACGUAAAUAUGUUGGCAGUAAGCAAGGUGGCAAAUGGAACAAGGAGCAUUAUAUGGAUGUUUUACUGUAUUUAUACAUCUUAAAUUGAUAAUGAGACAAAUUUAUGUACCCAGUAUGUAGGGUAUAUACUUUUUUCUGUUGUGAAAUAUAUUGAUUUCCAAAACCAGAAAUUUUGAUGCAUGUGCCAAAAAAUUCUGUAACCUUUUUGAUUUUAGGUAUCUAUAUUUCUGAAAAUAUCAUUGUGAAAAUUAUAAAGAGACAAAUAUAAAACUGUUGAAGAAAUACACAUUAACUUCGUUUGUUUUAUUCUUUCUUCAAAUAUCUGUUUUCAAUGCAUUCCCUCAAUAUACUUAAUACAUUAAUAGAUUAAAUUCCCAUCGAAACUUUAUGUUUUUGAAGUUACUGUUAAAUAUUAUUAUAAAUGCAUGUAUAUUACUGUUAUUAUCACCUAAAUUUAUGUGAUAAUCUUUGUAAAUUUUAGUCCGAGAAUUUUGUCUUAAUUAGAUACAUUGUAAGCAUGAACAGUCAAAACAAUAUCCAAUUACAAAAGUGUAUCAGUCAUGUUGUAUUUUGAGUUGUGAACAUGGCAACUAUUUCGUAGUUGCAAAGUAUAUGUGUGUAGGAGUGUGUGUAGAAUGUGUAAAUAAACAAAAUCCAUGUCACAGAGGAAAACCGAUUUUUGGUUAUUCUCAAAGGCAAAAAGUAUGUGUUUGUUGGUUAAAAGUUAGUGUUGCUUAUAAAUAUAUCUAUAUUUCAAAAAUGAUAUGAGAAAAGGGGAAAAAAUAUAAUAAGAACGAACACAUGUCUUUGCUAACAUUAUAUUACCAGUACUUUGCUGAAUUUUGAAUUAAUGCUAUAAAGCAGGAAAGUGUUCCCCAGUCAGACUUUCAUCCCACACUGGUAUAAUCAAUCUUUACACUACCUUAAUUAUGCCCUUACAUUACAAUUAUUAUACAAAGUUAAACUUCAGAUAGAGUUUCCGGUGUGGAGGUGCAUGUCUAUAAAUGUCUGAAAUGUAUUAUUCUAAAUGAAAACAUAUGUGUGUUUCAUAAGGAACUUUUUGUUUUGUGAGCAACUUUUGACUUAGACAGUUGUCUUCAUCAAAUUUCACAACUCCCUAUCUAGAUAGAAAUCUGCUGAGAAAAGAUUAGAAAGAUAUAAAUAUAUAUAAAUGGUAUUAUCUGAUGUUUUAAAUGGAUUAAUAAUUGAUUUGAGGACGUGUGUGGAAUUGAGUUGAAAGGCAAUAUGAAUGUAUAGCGUGUUCAAGUUACACAUUUAAGGUAAACGGCACUCCAACAGUGUUAGAGGUUUACACAGCGAGAUACUUUUGACAGGCGCUGUUGCAGUCGGCAAAAUCAUAUCCGAUAAAAAAAAAGACCGACCAGCGACCUGUUGUGUUAUAGGAGUAAGGUAAAGGGUAACCCUGUGACAGUUAUGUGGAAAAAAAUAUUUCCUCUACUUUAACUUGAAGUAUUCUCCUACAUGUAAAUGAAAAAUAAAUCAAUUUAAAAAAAAUCUGA